UACGUGUUACAAAAAAUUUACUGUCCAUAAAAAAAUACAAAACAAAAAAAAACUAAAUUAUUGGAAAUGUAAUAAAAAAUUAAAGGUUAAAAAAAAGCAAAAUAUUUACUGCAAAAAAAACUAUCGAAGCUAAGCAAAAGCAUUCCACGCCGGAUUUCUUUAAUAUGCCUAUAACUGACAAAUCCGUACAUGCCAAAAAACAAGACAAAUCAUCAGGGCAACAUUUAACGCCAUGGAUCACGGGAGGUCCCUUAGGUUCAAAAGAGACCGUUUUAGUGUUUCGUACAUGCGUUCUUUCGUCGCACAAUCUCGAAUCGGAGUCCUUUCAUCAAGAUGCCAACUCGUGUACCAACAACACAACUACCAACAAAUCGCAUAACAAUACCAAAGAUGUUCUCGCACCACUGCCCAAAAACAUAAACAUACAACGACCUUCCCCUCCGUUGGCUGUCAUCGAUGUUUCGAACGUUUCCUCGUCAGAUUCCUCCUCGUCGGGCGUUUCGAGUCUCAAAUCUUCCGCAUCAGCAACAAGUACAAGCGGCUCGAAACUCAAAACAAAAAAGCGCCAUCUGGAAUCUUCGCCAUCGUCGAGUUCGUUGAGCAAUUUUUCAUCAUGCGACUCGGUUGAAAUGGAAAAUGACGCUUCGGGCGCUGUUAAUGCGACUUCAGCGAAGGGAACAAAGGGAAAACUCGUCACAAAAAGCAAUAAUCUCGACGACAAGGAAAAUCUGAUCAUCGAACCGAUCGACAAAUCCGAGAUGCCAGGUGCCAUUUUUAACAUUUGCUACAAAUUCAUGAACACAGAAACGCGUCUUUUGCGCAAAAUUUUAUCGGGUCACGGUUUAAUCGAAGUCGGAUCAGAUUGUCAUGAUUUCAAUCUUUUAUGGACCGGAAUUCACAUAAAACCGGAUAUUUUACGUAAUUUAUCAGCAUACCAAAGAGUUAAUCAUUUUCCGCGAUCUUAUGAACUAACACGCAAAGAUAGGUUGUACAAAAAUAUCGAACGAAUGCAACAUAGUCGCGGAUACAAGCAUUUUGACAUUGUUCCGCAAUCGUUUUUGCUGCCAGCUGAUUUCAAGGAUUUAGUGAGUGCGCAUAAUAAGAAUCGCGGGCCAUGGAUUGUCAAGCCUGUGGCGUCAAGUAGAGGGCGCGGGAUAUUUAUUGUUAAUUCGCCCGAUUCAAUCCCUCCCGAUGAACAAGUCGUCGUCGCCAAAUACAUCGCCGAUCCGCUUUGCAUCGACGGGCACAAAUGUGAUAUUCGUGUUUAUGUGGCAGUAACGUCCUUUGAUCCUCUCCUGAUUUACAUCUACGAGGAGGGUCUCGUGCGUCUCGCUACCGUUAAAUACGAUCGCAACACGGAAAAUCUCUGGAAUCCGUGCAUGCAUUUGUGCAAUUACAGCAUCAACAAAUACCACACGGACUACAUAAAAUCCGACAAUGCUGGCGACGAAGAUGUCGGUCACAAAUGGACUUUGAGCGCCUUGCUGCGUCAUUUACGAAGUCAGGGCUGCAAUACGGAGCAACUUAUGGCAAAUAUCGAAGAUCUCAUUAUCAAGGCGAUUUUGUCGUGUACGCAGCCCAUUGUUUCGGCAUGUCGCAUGUUUGUGCCGCACUUUGGAAAUUGCUUCGAGUUGUAUGGUUUUGAUAUUUUGAUUGAUGACACGUUGAAACCAUGGCUGUUGGAAGUGAAUUUAUCGCCUUCGCUGGGCUGCGAUUCGCCUUUGGAUACAAAAGUGAAGGCUUGUUUACUCACAGAUCUCUUAACACUCGUUGGCGUGCCUGCUUUGAGUCCCCUGAUGAAAGCGACGUACGACAGUAAAUGCAAAACGCGGAGUUUGUCGUCAUAUCGUCGCGUCAAUUCCGCAGAUUUUGUUCACACAAUGAAUAAUCCCAAAAAAAUGACAAUUUCGACUUUGACAGCUGAGGAGAGUCGAAUUGUGAAAGCGGCAAAAGCACAAUAUGAACGUCACGGGGGCUUUGUGAGAGUUUUUCCCACACACGAUAGUUACCAAAAAUACGGAAUGUUCCUUGAUCCGGUGACAGGAGUGCCCUGCGCUUCAGGCACGAACGGCAGCGGGACUUAUUUGAUGAUUAUUCCGCACAAUUACAACCUAAUGUUGCAUCAGCAGUUGUUCCCGCCAUCCACAAAUGACAAUCAGCUGCACAGUACGCCCUCUAUCAUCGAUCGCAUUGACAGAUACGAACGCGCGCUUCGAAGUUCCGCGCCAAUUACGCUUGGACCCAAAAACAGCACGAAUAAAUGCAUCGACGAAGCACGUCGCUUGCGGCUCCAAUUGCGAAAACUCAUCGAAAAUGGUCACGAAUUGUCGAUUUUGCAAGCGCGACGUGCUUUUGGGCUCUAUUUGGAAUUCAUUUUGAAACGUCUCUCGCAAGAACCGAAACAUCAUCACGAAGAAUUAAUUUUGAAAUUUUUGUACAAGGCGGGAUUGCAUAUGCGGCAACCGUUUUUCAUCAGAAAUUUCAGUCACAAAGUCAUCGGGAAGGAUCGCGGAGCUUUGGUUGCCAAACAGCUCGGAGAUUAUCUCCAUAUUUAUAAUAAGGAUACGGAAGCGUAUGUGGAUUCGUUCGAUAGAAUCGGAAUGGUGCCCAUUAAAGUGUUCGAUGAUUUUUUGUCGCAUGCGAAUGAGUCGGAUUUGGAGAAUAUUUUGACACUUCAUACGAAUUGUACGCAGCAAAUGCCAUUUUUGUACAGCGGGUGUAAUGCUAAUGUACCGCAAGCGCCGCCAAUUCCCGUUGGAGCGCAUGGAUUCCUCAAAGCGCUGCCAAAUUUCGCGCCGGGUCCCAACAAGGAUUUCAGCCGUCUUGAAGCACAUACGUACAAAACGGUGCCUCGUGUUAGUAAAUCCAAUGGAAAAGCCUUAACGGAGAAAACGCAAACGACAAAACUUUCGCCGACAAAGAAGAAAAUUACGCUCUACACGAGCGCCUCGUCACUCGGCAAAGACAAGUCGUCGCUCGGAAGCUCCUCUGCGUGGUAAAAAAAAUAAAAAACACAAAAAACAACAAAACAAACGUAGAAACGGAUGUGAUAUAGUAAAUGUUAGGUUUUAUCAUAAACGAAAAAAAAAAACAAAAAAUAGGAAACCUUCAAAAAAAAAGUCAUAUCCUCCUCCUUUUUACUCGUCUUGUCCUCAAACAAAAAAAUCUAUGUACGCGUCACUCUUAAAUAUAUAUUUUUUAAUUGUGAUAUUUCCUCUACGAAACUUUUCUCUGUCUGCUUAAAAAACUGUCAAAAGACAAAAAAAAACAUUUAAUCACAAAAAUUGCAUUUCAAAAAAAAAAGAAAUAUUUAGUCAAUUUCGCGCCAGAACAAAAAAGCACAAUUUUACACAAAAAAAAACUUAAAAAAAAAUGAUACUUAAGUCAAGAAAAAAGUUGUUUUGUCACAAAAAAAAAAUAAUAAAUUAGUC